AUGGAGCCAUUGAAAAAACACGGAGUGGUUCCUUUUGCUUUGGACAUCAGAAAACCAGAAAGCGUUCAGGACGCCGUGAAGUUCUUCAGGGAGCACUCUGGCAGUGACUCCUUGGACAUUUUGUACAACAAUGCUGGAAUUGCUGAUGGCGGUCCAGGUUACGACUUUGACGACCAGGCCAUGUUGGACAUAUACGCCGUCAAUGUCACGGGCCAUGUGUUGAUGACCAAGUACUUUUCGCCUUUCGUCAUCCAGGCCAAGGGAGCCAUUGUGUUCACGGCGUCUGUGGCUGGUAUAGUUCCUCUUUGCUGGACCUCUCUUUACUGCAGCACCAAGGCCGCCAUUGACGCCUACGCCAAGGGCAUUCGUGUGGAACUCGAGCCAUACGGAGUUCGUGUUUACUCUGUGAUUACCGGUGGUAUCGAUACGGACAUUGCUAAGGCCAAGAAGGGAGACAUUUCCAAGAGGAUUGCUGAUUUGCCUUUCCACGUCGAAGGUCUUGAGGAAAGUGUUCGUGCUAGUGCCGAUAUGACCAAGGGCGGUACCAAGCCUAACGAUUACGCCAGAAGGGUCUUGAACAAGGUGCUUGCUAAGCACAGAGGAUUCAAUAUCUACGAGGGUCACCGUGCUGGUCUUCUCAGGUUUGUGCUGCGUUGGCUCCCGCUCUGGUUGCAGUAUUUCAUUCUUGGGUCAUUCUUCAAACAGAGAAAGCCUUUGGCUGAGCUCAGGAAGCGUUAUAAGUAG